AUGGCCAAAGAUGUCCUGGGUGACCCCAGGUUGCACCUUGAUGAGCUGAAUAAACUGCGGGCGUUGGACCCAGCAGACCGCAGAGCUCAAGGAAGAGCGCGAGGGCUUUGUGGGGAAAAAAAUGGCCAGUUUCAGAAAAGAGUUGGUGGUCUAAUUGAGCUUGUUGACCAACUUGCAAAAGAAGCAGAAAAUGAGAAGAUGAAGGUCAUUGGUGCUCAGAACUUGCUCAGAUCUAGAGCAAAGCAGAGAGAAGCCCAAAGUAGCAACUUCAAGCACUAA